CGAUGAGGAGCGUGUAGGGAGGUCGGUGGGUUAGCAGUGCGAGAGAGGCUGGGAGGAGCUGCGCUCCUUUUGUGGGUGAAUGGCGAAAGCAGUCACAUAUCGUGACCCCCUUACUUAUAUUUACCCCCCCCCCCCCCGAUAGUUUUUAGAAGGGUAAUUACAGAAGGGUACAGUUGCUCUAAAACUGGGAAGAAUCGCCUUGGGGCUUGUCGGUUUUAUGAUUUCCCCUCCCCAUUUCCGGGUGUGUAGUUCGAGUAUGGAGAAGUAGGAAAGUUUGUGGCGGGCAGAGAGAGAGAAAUAGGGAAGGGGAUGCUGAUGGCGGGAGAGGGGAAGCAUCAGCUGUCCUGAAAUGGACUCUCCUGUGCUUUGGAGUGAUUGGGAAGAGGAGCUGACCAUUUGGAUAAGAGCCAGCUGUUUUCUGCGUUACGCAAUGAUUUUACUUCAAUUCUUGACAUGACGGCUUGGGUUUUUGAAGUGCUCUUUCUGGAUUUCGCAGAGCUGGUUUUCACGGGGCCCACUAUCACGCAUUAUUCCUCUAGAGAAGGCUCCAGGUGGAAUCCCUGGCAUCUCUAAAUAGGGUGGAAAAACCAGGGAUUUGAUAAAACAUUUUUUCCUGUAAGAAGAGGUAAUCAGUUCCUGUGGGCCCCGGGCUGUGUAUGCUCCCUUAAGCCUCUCCGUGUCCUUACACCCACCCACCCUUGGGUUUGCCAUCGGCUGAUGCACUCUAUGCCAGCUUCUAGAGCAGGGAUGAGACUGUUGUAGACCGUAGAUGUUAGUGGACUAUGGGGAGGAUUAUAUAGUAGAACACACUCCUUCCAAAUGCCUUUUGCUGGAUACUGUUAACACCUGUUACUGUGCAUGAAUAAUUCUUUCCUUUCCAUCCUGCACCCUCUUAAACCUGACUUCCCCCCCUCAGUGUUGCUAAUCGGACUGGAUCUUCCUUUAUCAGAAUGCCCUCUAGCACCAACUCCAUAUCAGAAGGGAUAUGUCCAAGAAAAGUGGACCAGCCCAGAUAAGAAGAAAAGCCGGAAACACCAGCGCUUCAUGACACGCAGAGCACUAGAGCAGAAGAGAUGCAGAUCAAAAGGAAAGGUCAAGCCAGUCACAUCAGAUGCCUCCAGAAUGGGUCCAAUGCAGGAAUUCUUGCCUUGGGAAGCCUGCCAGUAUGACCAGCUACUCAAGGAAGAUGCGGUGAAGGAUCAUAAGAUUUGUGUGCCUUUUCCGGCUGCGUCUGUGCCUUCAGUGACCCAAGACAGGCAACCAACUUUGUCCCAAGAUCUCAUGCCUCAGGUUUCUUUGCCCAGCAGCUCUGCAGGGAACACCGGUUCCUUAUUCUGUUUGAUGCCAAAGAGAAGCAAGAAAUGUGUGGCCAUUGACUGUGAAAUGGUGGGCACAGGCCCCGCUGGAAAAACAAGCGAGUUGGCACGAUGCACAGUGGUGAACUACAAUGGAGAUGUGAUUUAUGACAAAUACAUUCGUCCAGAGCUGCCAAUUGUAGAUUAUAGGACUCAGUGGAGUGGAAUUACCUGGCGGCACAUGGUAAAUGCAACUCCGUUCAGGGUUGCACAAAGAGAGAUCUUACAGAUCUUGAGAGACAAAAUAGUGGUGGGACAUGCCAUCCACAAUGACUUCCGGGCCUUAAAAUAUUUCCACCCUGAACCCUGGACACGCGAUACCAGCCAGAGCCGUCUGCUGAAGAAGAAAGUGGGGCUCUCUGUGAAAGCCAAUGUGUCUCUUAAGAGCUUGGCUAGUCAGCUGCUAUGUAAAAAGAUACAGGUUAGCAGAAGUGGGCAUUCCUCAGUUGAAGAUGCUCAGACGUCAAUGGAGCUUUACAGAUUGGUAGAACUGCAGUGGGAAGAGGCAUUGGCUUGCAGCCUCUGCUCAAGUCCUCCGGACAGUGGCACGGAUAGUGACUGCUACCUGGAUGACCGGUAUUGGCCCAAGGACCUCAAUGUUGACUGCAAAUGAAGAUGCCCAUUCGAGGGCUGUGGAGGAGUCAUCAGCUAAACUGCACAGUCCACACACUGGUAUAGGGACUUCCUUUUUUGAGCAAGUUCACAACCCCAAGAGAUCACUACUGGUGGUUUCUUCAGUUGACUGACACUACAAGACAUUGUUUAGCUGCCCUAUCUCCCCCAUUUCUGAUCUUUAAAAGUAAGCAGAUUGCACAAGCUGAAAAUCCCAUUCUAGCCUUAGAGGCGAGGUUAGCAACUUACAGCCCCGUAAGUUAUACCCACCCACCAAAUCUUUUGCCUUUGGAAACAGUGUCCAACCCUCCAUUCUCUUGAAGGUGGAUCGCCUAUAAGUAAACUGCCCUGCAACACCAGCUUGGGUCUACACAGGCCAGUGGAAAAUUCUUAUUGGGGCAACCCUUGGUUCUUCUCCAGAGGGAUAAUCUCAGGUAGAUUGUCUUAGUUAUAAAGGUGCAUGGGAAGUGAGUUCUGGUGCCUUCCUGCCUCCCAAUUUAUUGCUGCAGAAGUUUGAGAUGAGCAGGGGUUCUAGUUAAAGAAACUCCGGAGGGAAGCAUCCAAACAGGAACUACUGCAAAGCGCCGUCCUUUACCAAGAUGGUCAUCAUGCCCCUUCACGCCAGGCUGCUUCCCCGCUACACCCAAGAAUAAAAAGAUGUUCUUACCAUUACAGAGUGAUGUAGCUACCAGUAAAGAAGGCUUAGAGAGAAGCCCACGUCUUUAGCUUGGAAUGGCACACCUGGGGUCAUGGCCUGUGUAUUUUUCCAUAAGGUUACUCCUUUUUGAGCUGGGGAGGAGGGGGAUUUACAUCUUAAGCUUCCCUUCCAGCCCUGUUAGAUGAUAUCUUGUUCAGAGAAGAGGUUAUAUAGUGGAUGUGUUUGAAGAUGGGGACAUUUCUGAACCUGCUGUUGCUUUGAAGAAGAGAUAGUCUUUGUUUGCAGUGCCCAACAGCCAUCUGCAGAGUGCUAACUUCUGCCCUGGUGCUAAUUUGAUACUCCUUGAGUGGGCAGUUGGACUGUGAAAAUCUACCUUGUUCUCAGAGGGCAGAUUCUCUGUCCAAUGCAUGUAUAUUACCAAAUACCACAGGAAAGUAGAUGUGUUUGUGUGCUAUAUGCCUUUAAAUUAAAUUGUACUGGCACAGACCCUUCUCUCAUCAUGUUUCUUCAGUAUGGGCUGAAUGUUUCUCUAGAAACAUGGUAUCAAUUAGGUACAUAUGAAGGAGUGGUUCCAGUCACCACUCAUCUUUGAAAUUAAUUGAGUUAUCCCGGGCCCGGUUCUACCUUUAAGCCUGGCUUAGCUCACACAAGUGUUAUGUAAAGAGAAAAAUGACAAUAAACACUUGGCAACCA